UGUCCUGCUGGACUUCUGUCCUGCCCUGUUCUGCUGCCGCUGUUGCUCAGUUCCUGCCUUUGGCCUCUUGUUAUCUCUCCUCUCCACUCCACGUCUCACCUACUGGUUCUCCAUCAGCUAUGGAAAAUAACCAGCCUGCAGGCCUAACACCCGAACAGCAACCCACCCCACCUGUGGACAGCUCUUCAUUGUUCCAUAAUCAGAACGGCCUUCAGGAACAAAAUGGUGAGGCAUCACCACCCAAGAACUACACCCUGGAGAGAGAAGAGGGGGUCCCCCGAGAAACAACGGAAGGUGACAUUUCUGAAGAGCUGAAUAAACAGCUAGAGGACAUUAUUAAGACCUAUGGCUCAGCCACUGGCCUGGUGGAGGAGAGCCCUACUAAAGGGAUGGAGAAGCCUGAGAAGACAGAAUCACUCAGCCACCAAGAGGAGGGGGAAAAUGAGGAUACCAUUGAAGAGAGUGAAAGGGAAGCCUCUGGAGUUAAAGAACCUGGCAGCGUUAAAGAGCAAAAGCUGGAGAAGAAAAUCCUAAAAGGAUUAGGCAAGGAGGCCACCCUUCUGAUGCAGACCUUGAACAAGCUGAAUACACCGGAGGAAAAACUGGAAGUUUUAUUUAAGAAGUAUGCUGAAAUGCUGGAGGAACAUCGAGCUGAGCAGAAGAAGCUCAAGUACCUCCAGAAGAGACAGCUACAGGUCACUAAAGAGAAAGAUCAGUUGCAGAGCGAGCACAGCAGAGCAAUCCUCGCCCGUAGCAAACUGGAAAGUCUCUGCCGGGAGCUUCAGAGACACAACAAAACUCUCAAGGAGGAAACUCUCCAGCGGGCCCGAGAAGAGGAUGAGAAAAGGAAAGAGAUCACAAGUCAUUUCCAGGGCACGCUGAGUGAUAUCCAGGCUCAGAUUGAGCAACAGAGUGAGAGGAAUGUGAAGCUAUGCCAGGAGAACACGGAACUAGCAGAGAAAUUGAAAAGCAUCAUUGAUCAGUAUGAACUCCGAGAAGAGCAUCUCGAUAAAAUAUUUAAGCACCGAGAACUUCAACAGAAGUUGGUGGACGCCAAACUGGAGCAGGCCCAGGAGAUGAUGAAGGAAGCAGAGGAGAGACACCAGCGAGAAAAGGAAUACUUACUGAACCAAGCAGCUGAGUGGAAGCUUCAGACGAAAAUGUUGAAAGAGCAAGAGACUCUCCUGCAGGCCCAGCUCAAACUGUAUGCUGAAAGGUUUGAAGAGUUCCAGAAAACAUUGACAAAGAGCAAUGAGGUAUUUGCUACGUUCAAACAGGAAAUGGAUAAAACCACAAAGAAAAUGAAAAAACUGGAAAAGGAUACAGCCACUUGGAAGUCAAGGUUUGAGAACUGCAAUAAAGCUUUACUGGACAUGAUUGAAGAGAAAGCCAUGAGGACUAAAGAAUAUGAGUGCUUUGUGAUGAAAAUUCAGAGGUUGGAGAACCUCUGCCGAGCCUUGCAUGAAGAAAGGAAUGAGCUGUACAAAAAAAUUAAAGAUGCCAAAUUCCAGGAAGAGGAAGAGGAAGAGGAAAGUGCACACUGUGUGGAAGAAGAGGCAGCUGUAAAUGCUGCUGUAAAUGAAGACAUGCAUGCAGAGGAAGCCAGAGAGGCCAGUACCAGUGGAGAUGCCAACAAUCCAACCACCAAUUUCACAGUCUCUCAUCAAAUGGAGGAACCUGCAGUCCCAAUGAACGAGAAAACGGAGCCGUGUGCCCCACCUAAAUGCAGCGACCCCAAUGCAUCAGAAGUUCUUCCUUCUCUGCUUCCUUGGCUGGAGUCAGGGACUCCCCCCAAGCAUCCAAAUCCUAAGGCUGAAGGAUGCAGGAAGGCCCCAGGAGAGCAGCCGGCUCAAUGCCGGCCGACACUGAAGGCCCAGGAUAAGCCUGUUCAGCAGGGAGUGGACGCCCAAGGUCAAUCCCCACAGCUUCCAGCUAAGGCUGGUGGUCCACCCCUUCAACCAAAAAUAGAGGCCCAGAGUAAGCCCACUCAGGCUCUGGUAGGGCUCCAUAGUCCACCUCCACAGCUCAAAGCAUGUGAUGUUCAACCCCCACAGCCUAAAGCAGGUGCCCCUGGAGGUAAGACCAGCAGCCUGAUGCCUGUACCUACAUCCAAGGGCCAAGGUCAGUCUGUACAACCUAAACACAAGGCCCAAGGUCAGCCUGUACAGCCUAAAGGAGACCAUUGUCAACUUGGACAGCCUAAAGCAGUGGCCCAAGGUCAGCCAGGGCAGCCUAAAUCAGUGGCCCAAGGUCAGCCUGUCCAGCCUAAAGGAGAAGACCAUGGUCAGCCUGUACACCCUAAAGCAGAGUCCCAAUGUCAGCCUGCACAGUCUAAAGUAGAAGUCCAAGGUCAGCAUGUACAGCCAAAAGCAGUGGCCCAGUGUCAACCUAUAGAGUCUAAAGCAGAGGCCCAAGGUCAGCCUCUACUGCUUAAAGCAGUGACCCAAGGUCAACCUGUACAGCCUAAAGUAGAAGUCCAAGGUCAGCAUGUACAGUCUAAAGCAAUGGCCCAAUAUCAGCCUGCAGAGCCUAAAGCAGAGGCCCAUGGUCAACUUGUACAACCUACAGCAGUGGUCCAAGACCACCCUGUAGAGCCUAACAUUGAAGUCCAAGGUCAGUAUGUACAGCCUAAAGUAGAAGUCCGUAGUCAACCUGUACAGCCUAAACCAGUGGCUCGGUGUCAGCCUGUAGAGCCUAAAGCAAAAACCCAAGGCCAGCCUAAAGGAGAGGCCCCAGGUCAGCCUGAACAACCUAAAGCAGUGGCUCAAAGUCAGCCUGUACAGCCUAAAGUAGAAGUCCAUGGUCAACCUGUACAGCCUAAAGCAGUGGCUCAGUGUCAGCCUGAAGAGCCUAAAGCAGAAGCACAAUGCCAGCUUAUACAGCCUAAAGGAGAGGCCCAAGGUCAGCCUGUACAGCCUAAAGUAGAAACCCAUGGUCAGCCUGCACCGCCUAAAGCAGAGGCCCCAGGUCAGCCUGAAUUGCCUGAAGGAGAGAUCCUGGGCCUUGACCCCAAGCCUCAGGUGGAGGCUGACAUGGAAGGAAUAGAUCAAGCAUAG